GAGAGAGAGGAGAGAGAGAGAGGAGAACUAUGAGAACCCACCCCCCGUGAUUAUCAGCAUAUACACUCAUCGAAAUUGGAUUAUUAGAAGAGAGGUCUGUGGCUUCCACGCCGUGGUUUUUCUUCUCGGUAUAAAAGCAAAGUUGUUUUUGAUAUGUGACAGUUUCCCACAAGCCAGGCUGAUCCUUCUCUGUCAGUCCACUUCACCAAGACUGCCCUUGGACAAGGACCCAAUGCCCAACCCCAGGCCAGCCAAGCCCUCUGCCCCUUCCUUGGCCCUUGGCCCAUCCCCUGGAGCCUCGCCCAGCUGGAGGGCUGCACCCAAGACCUCAGACAUCCUGGGGACCAGGAUCCCAGGAGGAACCUUCCAGGGUCGGGAACUCCGAAGUGGGAUCCAUGCCUCUUCCUCCUCCUCCUUGAACCCCCUGCCAACAUCGCAGCUGCAGCUGCCCACAGUGCCCCUAGUCAUGGUGGCACCCUCCGGGGCAAGGUUGGGCCCCUCGCCCCACUUGCAGGCACUUCUCCAGGACAGGCCACAUUUUAUGCACCAGCUCUCCACAGUGGAUGCCCAUGCCCGGACCCCUGUGCUACAAGUGCGGCCACUGGAAAGCCCAGCCAUGAUCAGCCUUCCACCACCCACCACCACCACCGGGGUCUUCUCUCUCAAGGCCCGGCCCGGCCUGCCACCUGGGAUCAAUGUGGCCAACCUGGAGUGGGUGUCCAGGGAGCCAGCACUGCUCUGCACCUUCCCAAGCCCUGGCACACCCAGGAAGGACAGCACCCUUUUAGCUGCACCCCAGAGUUCCUACCCACUACUGGCAAAUGGUGUCUGCAAGUGGCCUGGAUGUGAGAAGGUCUUCAAGGAGCCAGAAGAUUUCCUCAAGCACUGCCAGGCAGACCACCUCUUGGAUGAGAAGGGAAGGGCACAGUGUCUCCUCCAGAGAGAGGUGGUGCAGUCUCUGGAGCAGCAGCUGGUGUUGGAGAAGGAGAAACUGGGCGCUAUGCAGGCCCACCUGGCCGGGAAAAUGGCACUGACCAAGGCUCCAGCUACGGCAUCAUCUGACAAGGGCUCCUGCUGCAUGGUAGCCACUAGCACCCAAGGAAAUGUCGUUCCAGCCUGGCCCAGCCCUCGGGAGGCAUCUGACAGCCUGUUUGCAGUGCGGAGGCACCUCUGGGGCAGCCAUGGAAACAGCACAUUCCCAGAGUUCUUCCACAACAUGGACUACUUCAAGUUCCACAACAUGCGGCCCCCUUUCACCUAUGCCACCCUCAUCCGCUGGGCCAUCCUGGAAGCUCCCGAGAAGCAGCGGACACUCAAUGAGAUCUACCACUGGUUCACACGCAUGUUUGCCUUCUUCAGAAACCACCCUGCCACCUGGAAGAAUGCCAUCCGCCACAACCUGAGCCUGCACAAGUGCUUUGUUCGGGUGGAGAGUGAGAAAGGGGCUGUGUGGACCGUGGAUGAGUUUGAGUUCCGCAAGAAAAGGAGCCAGCGGCCCAGCAGGUGCUCCUACCCUACCCACAGCCCCUGACCUCAAAACCAAGAAGAGGAAGGAUGGACAGGAGCCAAAAUGGGGGGCAGAGUAGCCCAGGGCAGGGGUGACAGGACCUGGACAUGCCCACAGAGACCAAAAAGUGAGAUGUCUACUGUCUUGCCUGCCAGGGCCCCUGCUCCCCAGCUGGCUGCCAUCCCAGAUCAUUUCUUCUGCACCAAGGCUGCUUGGAGGGGCCCCAGGACCAGCCCAGCUCCCAUUCCCAUUCAAAUCCCCCAGUCAGGUUCUCCAGCCAAUCAGAGGCCUCACAACUAGCCAUACAUACAGCCUGUCUCGGCCACUCUCACCUCAGGGGUAGGGGAAAGUCACACAGACACAGUCACUAUCCUGUCCCCUAUAUUCAAUAUAAACCCUAAAUCACAAAUCCCGCCUUAGUACAUUCAAACACCCUCAAAGCUGCAUAGUUACACAUCACAAAUGAGUGCAGCUCCAUCAACCUGAAAGCACAUACCCACUGCCAGUCUCUGGGCCCCCAAGUUCAGGGUCACACAAGGGUGUUCCCAGAGCCCCGCACAGAAGUAGCAUCAGUACCCUCAGGAUAGCAGGUUCCAGAAUGUCACACAAACACACAACUGGUCAUACACAGGCUUAUGCAGCACCUAACACAUGUGCUCACUCACACACAGCCUGUUGGAUUUGCCUGCGUAUCUCACAUGUAUGCUCACAUAGCCCCCCCCGGUAUCUCCCAAGUCCCAUGAAGACACACAACAACUGACAAAAAUGUACCCCAUGUCUCACUUGCCACCCACCCCACUCCCAUGGCCGAGCCCGAUCCAUGCCUCAGCCUAGACUGCAGAAGAGCCCCUCCUUUAUUUGGGAUCCAAGACCCCCAACCUCCAGUGCCCUCCCCAAUAAACUGCAGCCAAGCUCCCA